AUGGCGCCCAACCAGCUGCCUAGGGUUCGCUCGGCGGAAGCGUCCAUCGAGAAGGGUCGUUCAGCCUAUGCAGACCAGCGUUUCCGCGUUGCACUGGAGCACUUCACACUCGUCGCAGGAAACUGUCCCUGCUCAUCACCCUCAUCAUCUUCAGCUGGUCGGGGUACCACAAGCAGCGCAUCUGACACUCAGCAACGUCGCCGCCGGGAACGAUGCACAUGUCGAGACUUUGGUCAGGCUGCUGCUCUUGCUCGUAGGGAAAGGGGCGCCGUUUACGCGGAGGCGACGAAGGAGUGCAAGUGCGGCGCUGAGAAGACUUGGGGAAAGUGUCAUCGCGAGGGCCAUGUGCAGGCGCUUGACUACCGGGCUGCGUGCUUCGAGAAGAUGGGAAACCUGGAGAAGGCCAGGAAAGAUGCGGAGUGGCUGCUAGAGAUUGCGCCGAAGAGAUUGGAGGGGUACAUGAGACUCGGCAAGAUUUACCGACUUGAAAAGCAGCCGGAGUUGGCUUGGGCGAUAUGGACUGCUGGUGUUGAUGCUGGCCAGAGAGAGGGUCUUGUCGGGACGACAAAGUAUCAACAACUAUGCAAAAUUCGGGAACCAUUACACAAACACUUCUGCCGCAAGGAUCCAUUAGACCUCCCGUCAGAGCUAGUCGAGAGCAUAUUCUCCUACUUCGAGUUCAUCGAGUUAUGCCGCUUCUCGGGUGUCUGCAAACGCUGGGAAACCUUCUUCGAUACCCAUCCCUACAUUUGGAGAGAACUCCACUUCAGAGUCACAAAUACUCAAAAGCCCCCUCGCGUGAGCUUCAUGAAGACACUGCGCAAACGCACCGCCGGUCGCGCACGCAGCCUCAUCAUACCCAACGCCCACACCUUCCAGCUCAACCAGUCGAAAUGGAUAUCGCUCAUUCAGACCACGAAUCCACAGACGACAAGUCGUUUGGAGCUGGGCGGCAUCCGACGCAGCAUGGACGGCGACUGGGGGUAUAAGCUACCUCCAAAGCCGCCCUUCUUCGAGGGCCUUUCUCACCUCAAAUUCAACUUUCACCACACUCACUCAGAGUACACCGGCAGAGGCGGACCGCAAGAUUUCGUCAGGCAGUUCGUCGAGCGUGCAAAGAAUAACCUGCAGAGUCUCACGUUGAUUAGCAUGUAUCUAAAUGACCUCAACUGGCCUGAAAUGCCCCGUCUCAAGAUCCUACAACUCACAGGCCCACUGAACAAUACCCUCUCCAACCUUACCACGGAACGUCGAAUAAACCCCUUUGCACUCGCCAGAGCAACCCCAAAUCUGCAGCAACUCUACCUCGACAACUGCGGCGUCUUCACCGACCUCGACUCCCUCUCCCCGCCCGAGGACUGCUGGUCCCUCUGGCGCCAUCUCCAAGUCAUCCGCCUCGGCACAACACGGAGCGGCCUCUCCAUGGGGAACAAACGCCACUUUCCCCCGCUCCACCCGUCCUCCUUCCGCGUCUUCGAAGCCCGCGCCACGCACCAGGGGAACCACGGCGACUGGCUCCCGCAGCAGCUGCCGCUCGACUACUCCGGCUACGCCGAGGCCUCCGCCUCCCCGACCGCGCAGGACGACAAGCUCGACCUCGUCACGUACCCCAACCUCGAGCGCUUCUGGAUGCCCAAGCUGCCGCUGAGCGUCGACCUCGCCACCAUCCUCCUCGAGCCGGCCAUCCGCUCCGGCCGCCUGCGCGAGGUCGGCCUCUGCUGGCGCCAGGACCCGGGCCAGUACUUCCCCGCGGCCCUCGACUUCCUGCGCGGCGCGGCCUCCGUACGCACCCUCGGCUUUUUCGAUUUUGACUUCGAGUCCCACGAGGCCCUCACCCGCGACGCCGCCCACCGCGGCGCGAACCCCAACGACCUGCUCUUCGGCUUUCUGGAGUCUUUCCCGAACCUCGAGGUGCUCGAGCUGCACUCCUCCCUCUGCGAGCCGGCGCGCAUCGGCGCGGUUAUCGAAAGGGUCGUGAAGCUCGGCCGGCGGCUGCGGAGGGUGUACCAGCGGGCGCUGACGGGCGUGUUGAUGGACCAGCUGAGGGCGUUUUGCGAGGCGCACGGCGUGGAGCUGGUGUACGGGAGCUGGGAGGCGGCGUUUCCUGUGCCGUUGGAGGAUGCUGAGCCAGUUGAGGCGGCGGCGUACUGA